CCACCUGAAACUUUAUAAUGGCAUCUCAAACUUCCCCGGGCCUCUUUUUCCUCCUCUUUUCCAUUUCCUUCUCUUCAGCUUACUCAUCCAUAUUCUCCAUAACAAACAACUGCCCCUACACCAUCUGGCCUGGCACAUUAUCCGGUUCCGGCACGCCUCCGCUUCCGACAACCGGGUUUCAGUUGUACUCAGGACAGAGUGCAAGAAUUGAUUCUGUUCCGGGAUGGUCAGGACGUAUAUGGGCUAGAACAGGGUGCACAUUCAAUGAGUUGGGAGUUGGAACAUGUCAAACAGGUGACUGUGGAGGAAGGCUACAAUGUGAUGGCAAUGGUGCCAAACCACCUGCUUCACUCUUUGAAAUAACCCUCGGCAAGGGCAAUGACAAAGAUUUCUAUGAUGUCAGCAUCGUUGAUGGAUACAAUCUGCCUCUUGUUGCCACCCCUCGCGGCGUCUAUGGUGCUUGUAACGCCACCGGAUGCGUCUCUGAUAUCAACACAGGUUGUCCGAAAGAGCUUCAGGUGGUGGGAGGUGAAAGUGAAGGGAAUGUGAUUGGAUGCAAGAGUGCCUGCGAUGUGUUCGGUUUGGAUCAGUAUUGCUGCAGCGGGCAGUUUGCUAAUCCAACUACAUGCCGGCCCUCCACUUAUUCAACCAUUUUCAAGCGAGCUUGUCCAAGUGCUUACAGUUAUGCUUUUGAUGAUGGCACAAGCACUUUUACAUGCAAGGCCUUUGAAUAUGCCAUUGUUUUCUGUCCUAACAGCAACGGGCCAAGUGAACCGAAUAGCACGUUGGCACCUCCAAGAUUUCAAGUGCCUGGUACUGGGAAGGUUGUGCAGGUGGCUUCCUCCUCAGACAUGCUUUUACCAAUUCCGCCGCUAAUCUUUCUUCUCAUCCUGAACAUACUGUUUUGA